UCGGGAGUGUCUGUUUCUCUGUCAGCGACCUGUGCAGAUGACCUAUUUUAUAACACUGCCAUUGUUUUGUCUGGAGAGGAAGAUCAGGAAAGCUAUAGAGGUCGAGAGGCAGGAACUCAUCUACCUGCUAGAGACACAGACAGAGAAACCUCAAGGACUGUGUACAGGACCGGACCGGAGAGGAGCGGAGGACGCUCGAGCAAUGCUGCAGACCAUUUAUGAAUCUGACUCCAGCAUCAGUGCUGAGUGGAGCAGGAGACGCCUGGACUCUCACAGCACGGCCAUGGCUUCAGAUUCAGAGGCGUUGUCGGCGGUGGGCAGUGUGUCGGAGGUCGGUAUGUUGGACUGGGAGCGUGAUUCGGACGACUGGGAGAAGCAGUUACAGCGCGAGCUGCUUCUGAUCCAGAGACAGCAGCAGAUCCAGAAACAGCUGCUCAUCUCUGAGUUCCAGAAGCAGCACCAGAGUCUGCUGAGACAACAUCAGGCCCAGCUCGAGGAGCACGUCAAGCUCCAGCAGGCUCUGUUAACUCUGCGGCAGAAGCAGGAGCUGUUUGCUGAGGAGGACAGAGAGGAGCUGAAGGAGGACAGCAAGGAGCUUCACAGGAGGGACACACAGAAACACCAGCUUCACAGACAGAAGGAGCGAGCUAAAGACAGUGCGAUGGCGAGCACUGAAGUUCGUCAGAAGCUGCAUGAUUUUCUGAUGAGUAAAUCAGCUAAAGACCCGUCAGCAUCCACCGCCGGUUACCCUCUCAACCGCUUCAAACUGUGGUACAGCUCCGCCCACGGGGGUCCUGCAGAGCAGAGCUCACCUCCUCUAGGAGAGACUCCGCCCACCUUCAAAUACCCUCUGACCUCCGGCCUGGACUACAGAGAGGACUUCCCUCUCAGGAAGACCGCGUCGGAGCCCAAUCUGAAGGUGCGCUCCAGACUCAAGCAGAAGGUUUCUGAGAGACGAAGUGGACCUAUACGCCGCAGAGACGGCAGCGUCCUCGUUACACCGCUGAAAAAACAAACUCAUGAACUAACAGAUUCAUCAGCCAAUGAGAGCCCUGUGGGUUCUGGACCGAGCUCACCCAUUGGCUUGUGCAACUAUGAGAACGGAGCGUCAUACACCACUCAAGUCGAGCGCUGUCUGUCUCAGGCGGACGGGCACAUGUCCCUGUUGAAUCUCUACACAUCCCCCUCUCUGCCAAACCUGGCACUGGCUCUACACCCCGCUCACACACACAUCUGUACGGGGACGGCGCUGAAGGAUCGGAGCGCAGAAGGUCUCGCGGCCGCCGUGUCCCCCGUCUCAAUGGAGGCUAAAGUGAGCCACGGACAGCAGGCGCUCCUGCAACACCUCCUGCUGAAGGAGCAGAGACAGCAGAGGAUGACGUCUCCUGUCACAGGUAGUGUUCCUGUGCUCUCCUCGUCUCCGCUGGUGAUGAAGGAGCGUGUGUCUGUGAGUUCUCGCAGCAGGUUACCGCGGCACCGACCCCUGAACCGGACGCAGUCAGCACCGCUGCCACAGAGCACACUGGCUCAGCUCGUGCUGCAGCAACAACACCACAACUUCAUCGAGAAACAGAAACAGCUUCACCAACACAUCCACAUCAGCCAGGUUCUGUCUCAGUCCAUCGAGCAGCUGAGGAACCCCAGCACCCAUCUAGAGGAGGAGGAGGAGGAGGAGGAGGAAGAGAUCACGUCGCCCCCUGCUGGAGUCAUACGCAGCUGCAGCUCCAGAAACUCUCCGAGCGAACCCAUGGCCGCCCUCGCAGGAGUCAUCCGCCUCAAAACUGAGCCUGAUGACGGAGAGAGAGAGCAAGAGAGCUGGGACACACAGAGACACACAGGUGAAAAACAGGAGGAGAGUUCAGCGAAGAUGAAGACAAGAGACGCUGAACACUGUCUGGAAGACAUGACGGAAAGUGAUGUUUGAAAAAGAGAAAGAAAUGAAGAAAGCAAGGGCUGAAUCUCACAAAACAUGUCAAAAAAAAAUGUUCAGGUCAUAUUUUAUUGACUUAA